GAUAAAGAAAAAAGAGAAAAAACUGGACUGUCAUUGUGUAUAACAGGAUUUCAGCAAUGCUUUGAUGUGACAGCAUGAAUCCUGGACCAUUUUUUCUUGGCUGGUGUUUCCUUAUGAGUUUUAUUCCCACUGCGAGGUUGUGUCUACAGUGCGACAGUGUUAUUCGCAAUAUGCAUGAAGACUUCAUCUCCUCAAGGACGAAAAUUACUGUCCAGCAGCAGAUGGAUUUGAAGAAUAUCGUUGAUCAUGCAUAUGUCACUUACCAGGACACCAGCAGAGAGCUCUCUGGAGUCAUUGAUCCCACCACUCUGUACCGAGCACAAACCGAAUACCAGAGUGAAUUCAGAAGACACUGGCAGAAACCCAACACUGACUCUAUACAGUCGCACAUGACCAAGAUUGUGGAGAAAGGAAAGAGAAUUCUGAAAAAACAUCUGAACAUUUUUGUUGAAGAAGGGCUGUGUCCCAAUAAAUGUGGUUUGCUGUUUCAGAGUGUGAUGGAUUGCUCUACCUGCAAGUACACGUUGCAUACAUGCCAGUCAGAAACACCACCGAAAGACUGCGGAGGGCAGCGUUUGGAAGCGGGUGAGACUGAGCAGGUGGUGUUGGAUUGUUAUCUACCCUGGCACAGUUUGGUAGUUGGAAAGGCCAAGUAUUACUACUUCUGGAAACAGGGAGCAAGAAAUUUUACAGUGGAGGAUCGGUUUGAUGUCCUGGUGGUGACUCAGGAUUCCAAAAUCGUGUUGAACCAGCUGAGUGUGAGUGAACAGGGAGUGUAUCGCUGCUUCCUGCUGGAUAGACACGGCAUUACACUUUCACACAUGCACUUCAUCCUCACAGUCAUUCCAUUACCCAGUAGCAGCCCAAGCUCAAUCCCAACACUCCCCUCCCUCCCCAGUGUUGAUUUCAGACCGGUCCGAUUGCACAGAGACACUCUCAUCAUCACCCUCGCUGUUCUCACCGUACUGAGCCUCUCCGCCAGUCUCGCCAUCAUCCUGCACUCCGGAAUAAGGGUGAGGCGAGAGACGAAGACCAGAGAGCAACAUGAUGACCAGAGAGAGAACAGCCAGGAGGAGACAUCAUCAGAAGACAAAAUACACAGUUGAAAUUAAACAUUACAUACACUUGUA